AUGUCGAAGAGAGGACGUGGAGGUGCAUCUGGAGGCAAAUUCCGAAUUUCACUCGGUCUCCCCGUCGGAGCUGUGAUGAAUUGUGCGGAUAACACUGGAGCCAAGAACCUAUACGUGAUCGCCGUCUACGGAAUUCGAGGACGCUUGAACAGACUUCCCAGUGCUGCCGUUGGAGAUAUGUUCGUCUGCUCCGUCAAGAAAGGAAAGCCCGAGCUCAGGAAGAAAGUCUUGCAAGCAGUCGUUAUCAGGCAGAGAAAAUCCUUCCGAAGAAAAGACGGAACGUUCAUUUAUUUCGAAGACAACGCCGGAGUUAUCGUGAACAACAAAGGAGAAAUGAAAGGCUCUGCCAUCACUGGACCCGUUGCCAAGGAAUGCGCUGAUUUGUGGCCCCGUAUUGCAGCUAAUGCUGGUUCGGUCGCU